UUUUAUGAUGAAAUGUUUAUUUGUGUAGAUUGCCACACUUCUAUGUAUUUAUUAUCAAUCAAAUGGCAGGCUAAGAAAAUUUCCUUGAGAUUUAAGAUAUUAUUUCUUUUUUUAAUAGGAAGAUACGAAUUUUGCCUGAUUUUCAGAUUUUUCCUCUCAAUACCCCCCCCCCCCCCCCCUCCUACCUCCCCUUUUUUACAGUUUCUUGCUGAACCUUUCACAUUUUUUAUUUUUUGAUUUCAUUGCCCAAAUACUUUAAAAACGUUUAAAAAAUACAGUCACAAAUAAAUAUCGAUUUAAAGAAAAUUUCAGAGCUGAUGAAGCAAAGGUUAGCUAAAAUAUAUUUUAAAGGCUGGCAGCAAAUAUAAAAUGGAAAGACUUUUUAUUUAUUCAUUCAAAUAUUUACGUUUUUCCUUCAAAUCGGCGGUUCUGAUACUGUCAAAUCGGCGCCAUUUAAAUCAUUUAUAUUUCCUUAAAUGCUUUUCCUCCCCCUCAAUAAAAACUAACAAAACAGUCAUUCCCUCCACCGUUACUUUCUUUUUUUACUCACGUCUUAGAAUAAUCGCCAGCCAUAUUGUUGAAAUAUACACAAAAUUUUGUUUUUAAUGAUUUUUUCUUUCCCACAUCUUGGCGAUAAUAAAUAAAUUCUUUCACGUUUUUAUAAACUCAUAUUAUCAGUACAAACACCUUACCAAACCUUUCAGUUUCGCUUAUUCAUUUUGUGGUCCAAACUAUUUGUUUUUCCAGACAGUCCUUUAACGUGCACUCUUUAUUUUUAACUUUUAUCGUUUUUGAAAUUACUUUUUAUAUGCUAAAUAUAUU